AUGAGACUAAUGUGAUCAUAAAUGAGGAUCUUAUAGAGUAAUUUGGUAUUAAGGGGACUGAAGUUACGCGGACAAAGCUUAAAAUGAUAUUUGCUGUAACCUCUGAGUAGCUUCAGCACUUCACCUGUGUGUGUGUGUUGAGGUUAGCUCUGAAGGCUCCAUGUGUGACUGUAACAUUAUUAAGCAGGUGUGGUGCACCGUACAAACCAUUCUAAUCACGCAUGUGUAUACGCGGUUACUGUUAACCCACAAUGAAAGCCUUUGUGUGCAUCAGCCAGUUGAAAUGGUGAAUGCCGCUCUGUUCUCCUGCGCUGGCUAUCUGGCGCGGAAACAAAGUGUCACUUUGUGCCUCCUCAGCACAGCAGCACUAACAGACACAGGAGAACGCCCAUCUCUCCUCGCUCGGAGCUCACACUACCCCGAUUCCUGCUGAGACACCUCCUCCCCUCAGACCGUGCAUGAGCUCCACUCCAACACGCAUCUGCACUCGUGAUCUCACGCCAACGCAAGUUUUCAUUCCAGAGUGCGAGACUGCGCCUUAGAACAGCAAUCACAUUUCCAUCAAUAUGGGGAUAUUGAGGGAUGUUUACUCCGUUGCUCUCUUGUACACCCACACAAGCGCGCGCACACAAAGCCCUCACUGCAUCUGACACCUGACUCCAGGUAAUGCCCUAGAUCCAAAGUGACAGCAGGCAGGUGGAACGGCCACACACUCAUAGAUACCCUGGCACACAGAGCGACUGCAGGACGAGAGAAGGCGACAGGGCAAAUUCCAGCCCUUUAGACGACUCUUUGGGAAGAAGAAGAAGAGGGAGGCGAAGCGGGGCUUUGAUGGAGCAGAGCUAAAGGCGAGUUUUUCUACUGGGGAAGUGUGCAAUGGAGUUGUAUCUGACAAUGAGGAGUCCAAUCAAAAUCUGAGGGAGUUGAAUCCCAUCGGAUCUCGAGCUCUCUCACACGACAGCAUCUUUAUCCCAGAGGAGCCGGUGACUGAGCCCGGUCUAGAUCACAGCAUGUCCCAGGAAAACGUCUCGGAUAAAGUUAGGAAUCUGCAGAGGCAGAUAGCACAAGGUAUAAAGUUUGGCCAGAGGCCUCCUUCUCUGAGGAAAAGUGAAGGAGAUGAGGGAAGCUCAGAUGAGGAAGAGGUUCCCCGGAGUCCUCUGAAGGUUUUGGCCCAGGUAGAAGCUGAACCAGCAAACACAGAGCCAAAGGUCCAGGGGGCCCAACAAGCAGAAACCCAACACAGCACCCCAGUGAAGUCCCCAAGGUCCAGACGAGUUCUUCCACCCACUGGUACUAUUGAGUCCAUCAAUCUGGAUGCUGUUCCACAGUCUGUUCCUCGCUUAGACAACACCGCUGCCAAGCAUAAACUGUCCGUCAAACCGAAAAACCAGAGGGUUUCCCGCAAGCACCGGCGAUUUACACAGGACCUCCUAGAGGUAUCUAUUCCUGGUGCGGUGCAAGAGGACCUCGAGGUAGCAGGUGUCUCCACGGAUGACCAGCGCAGGGCAUCUGUUGAUUCCCUGGAAAGCUUCAAGAAACAGAGACUGUAUGAAGAGGAAAGACAGGAGACAAGGAGGAAGAGGGAGCUGGAGGAACAAAGGGUCAAACAGGAGGAAGAGGAGAAGAGGAAGAGAGCAGCAGAGGAGCUGAGGCUGCGUGAACUAGAGGAGGAGAGGUGUCGCAAACAGCAGGAGGAGGAAGAGCGAUGGCUUAGAGAGGAGGAAGAGAGAAGGAGGAGGGAGGAAGAGGAGAGAAGGAUCAGAGAGGAAGAAGAAAAGAGGUGGCGAGAGGAGGAAGAGCGGAUGCGGAGGGAGGAGGAGGAAAGGAGGUUGCAAGAGGAGCAGGAGCGCCAACAGCGGGAGGAGAGAAGACAGCUGGAAGAGCAGAGGAGGAAAGAAGAGGAAGAAAGGAAGAGGCGAGAAGAGGAGCAGGAAGAAGCGAGGAGGCAGCAGGAGCUUGAGGCCGAGAAGAAGAGGAAACUAAGAGAGGAAGAAGAGGAAAGAAAGAGAAGGGAGGAAGAGGAAAAGCUGAGGUUGCAGGAGAUUGAAGAAAAGAAAAAAUUGGAAGCGGAGGAGGAGAGGAUGAGAAAGGAGGAGGAGGAGCAGAGGAGGCUGUCAUUAGAGGAGGCUGAUGGCUUCUCAGAUCCACAGGAGAGGAAGAGGAGGGCUGAGGAGCUGCGCUGGAGGGAGAUGGAGGAGAGACAGAGGCCUUUCUCUUUCAAAGUUUCCUCCGGUGAAAAACAGAUUUUGUUCCAGAAGGUCCACCUGACGCCUGUUACGCCAGCCUCCAGCCACCAGAGCGGUGCUGUAGCCGAACAAAGAGAGAGCCCCAAGGCCUCUUCUGAAGGACCAGACUCCCCAAACCUGCCAACGUCUCCAUAUGUCCCCCACACAGCCAUCUUAGUGACAGGCGCCCAGCUCUGUGGGACAGCCGUCAAUUUAGACCAGAUCAAAGACACCGCCUGUAAGUCUCUGCUGGGUUUGGGAGAGGAUAAAAAGGCCCAGGGAACACCGCCGACCAAGAGCAAGACUUCACCAGACCGCAAGUCUGGCAAGACGAAAUCACUUAACGAGUCCUCUGUAGACCAGCCCGGUGCAGCCAUCCUGGCAGAAUGGGCUAGCAUCAGAUCAAAGAUAUUCAAGGGGGUAGAGGAGGGGAAAUACGAGGACUACCCAGAGCCAAGCAGGAACCAGCCUCAACCCAGCAGUGAAGACCAGCCUGCAUUCUCCCACACGAACCUCAGGAAGACCAUGUCUGCCAGCGCCAAGUUCUCCAUCACCCCUGCGAAGAAGAAGUUUGGAGAUUCAAACAGGAACUCUGAGGUGUUCGGUGUAGAUGAAGCAGGAGAGGAAGCUACUCGGUAUGAUAGCCCCACUGCAGUCUCCCCAGCUCCAACCAGUAAACCUCAGAGCAGGACGAGUAAAACGGUCCGCAUUGUAGAAAGAGGGUCAGAGGAAUGUAUGUUUGCCAAAGACCUCCCCUCUUUCCUGGUUCCCAGCCCUGGAGCGAAACCCGAGGGGCCAGAGUUGAAGAGCAGGGCUCAGAGUGAGACGGAGGUGUCUGAAAGUAGAGAGGAGGGAGAAGGCCGAAGUCAGGACAGUGAGGACAAGCCCUCACCUUUUGGCAUAAAGCUGAGGAGGACCAACUACUCCCUCCGCUUCCACAGCGGAGAGUCCACUGAGAAAAGGAAGAAACGAUACAGUGCUGGGGACAGCUUUGAUGGAGUCCCUUCACCUCUAACCCCCAUUGAGCCAGACUCUGACGCCUCCCCGGUCUUUUCCGACAAAUCAAGUCCCACAUCGCCUCAGAAAGAAGGCGCGGUCGGCAAGUACUUACAUGCAUCUGCCUCCCCUGCUGUCCCUAGGUCUAAACCGGGUAAGUCUACCAGCCCCGCCGCACACAGCGAUGGUGAGAAAGUGUUUUCCAAGCCACCGCUCUACCGCAGACCAACAACGUCGCCCAAACCCACUGGAGCAGUCUCCACACCUCCCCCAUCUCCUCUACCUAAAGUGGCCCAUGGGCCUCCUAGUGAUGCCAUGAUCCAGAGGACAGGGGCCGCAGAGUCAUCCAGCAAGGAGCUGCAGAGCAGGAACGAGGAACCUUCUGCGGUGGCCCAGUUGCACCAGAGUAGCCAAGGCCUGGUCCAAGGGGAAGAGGAGCCGAAGGAGAGGAGAUCCUUCUUCCCUUCCAUUAACAUCCCCUGGAGAGAGAAGGCAGAUAGAAAGACGGAGCUCAUCAGGAGAGAAAAACCAUCACUACAGAGCAGGCACUCCCUGGACAGUGCGAGGGUCCAAGAGAAGGAGGCUGGGCCCUUAUGGAUCACACUGGCUUUGCAGAAGCAAAAGGGCUUCAGGGAGCAGCAGCAGAAUCGAGAGGAUCGACGGAGCCAGAGAGAGGCCAAACUGGCAGAAAAACAAGCUAGAGAUAGAGACAGCGUUACACUGGUGAGUCCCACAGAGUGCAAAGGCAGCGGGAGCACCAGUCCUUCUUCUAAACCUCAGACACCAGAGGAGCCCAAGAGACCCGAAAGCCUCCUGGGACGAUUUGAGCGCCGAGAACACCUGAAAAAAGCUAACACUUUACCCAGCUCUGUCACUGUUGAGAUUGCAGACUCUACACCGUCGCCACCUUCUGUCAAGGAGGUGUCAAAGCGCUUCCCCUCCAGUGACUCUCCGCAGGUGUCCACAGAGCCAGCCUGGUUGGCUCUGGCCAAGCGAAAGGCCAAAGCCUGGAGCGACUGUCCUCAGAUCAUCAAAUAACACUUCACCCUCGCUUCACACUGGGCUCUGGCCCGCAUUUGGGAUUGCACACUGCCCAUGGACUCUGAAGCACCUCGAGAAUCACCACCACCUUUUCCUUCGCUCCCAAAACUCACCACGAAACAUUCUGACUGUGAAACAAGUAAAACCCUCCAUCACCUCGUAACCCCACACACUGGCUGGUACUAUUAUAAUGUUAAAGUGCGCUUCACAUUCAAAUAUUCCAAUACAGUCACAGAGAUAUAUAUAUAAAACAAUUGUUGCGCGCAUGCACAUACUGUAUACGAACACACAAAGUCCCAAAAAGACACAGAACAACAAACAUGUCGCAGUCCGAGGGAGUCCUCAGCAGCCAAUCACAACCAAGGCUGGCCAUUGCAAUAGCCAACCUCAAUGUCUUUUUUUAUUUUGUAGCCAACUGUGUCACGUGGUUGUAAAUAAAUAAUUUGCUCAACACAAUAAUAGGAGAAACACUUCUGUAUUAGAGAGGUGAAGGUCUGACUGACAGUGUUUAAUAAACAGAGGGUAACUGUCUGAAUCGUGUUUUAAGGGCUACCAGUAACAACCUGUUGAAUCUGCUUCUGGACGGCUGAUGGAAGUGGUGCAGGUGUCUUCUCUGCCCUCGUUAGUAUUAUUUAUGUAAAGCAGAGGAUUUAUCUAUGUUGAAACAAUACUGUAUCUCCUCUCUGAGCCUUGUUAGUCAUGUACAAAAGAAGUCUUUUCUCUCUUUUUUUUUAAACUCAUACUCUUAGCAUAACAAUUCUCACUGUGUGAUGACUGUGAUAGCUGUCAAAGAGGCUAUUGUACAAUUUUGCCAUUAUAAGGUAACCGGAAUAAUCACACAGUGGGUGCACCUAAACACAGCACUGAAGACCACGUGUUACUGGGAAUUUACUGCACAUUAUCCUCAGAGCUAUGGAGACCGACACAGCGCCUGCUUGCUGUAACAUACUUUUUUUUUUUGUAGCUGUCCUCCUGUUACACACUUGUGUUUGUGGGCAUACGCCAUCACUUCCUCGUCAAUGUGAUAUGAUCUUACAUAAUGAUGUAAGCAUUUCCUCGAUGAAAAAAAAAAGCCCCUCCAGCAUUCUCAUUUCCCGCCACUCACUUACUGAGCAGUAUGUAUGGAAAUACACUGUACUGCAUAGAAGUUACCAGAGCUUCGGUCAAAAAGAGUCACUUUGUCAUUUUGUUUUUCAUGUCAGUCGUGCACAAUAGUGUAGUGUACGCAGUGUUAUAUGUAACAAGAAAAAUGUUUGGUAUUAUUUGCACUUUUUUGUCUCACUUAAGAGAUAUUCAUGAGAAAAUUCUUAAAGAGAUACAAAAUGUUAUGAAUAAUGUAAAUUAAAUACUGAUGUCUGAACUGAAA